AUGGACUCACUGACCUACGGUUUAAUCUUCCCAUUCAUCGUCGAGUACAUGAGCUCCCUUGAAGUACCCAAGAAAAAGAUAGGCUUGUAUGCAGGUAUAUCAGAAGGAAGUUUGAUGUUGGCUGAAGCUGCUGCUGCGCCCUUUUGGGCCAAGGCGGCCGAUAAGAACGGAAGGAAGAGGUGUGCUACGCUGGGGUUCUUGGUUUCGGCUCUGGCUUCGGGCUGCUCGGGUUUUGGACAUAAUUACCAUUCCGACCGAAGCGCUACUUAUACCAUUUGCGCAAUGCAUGGGAAGGUUGGGGAGAGUUUGGACCUGGUUGGUCUCGAUGAUUGUGCAAUUACCACUGAAAAACUUCCAUCAGAUGGGUUGGCCAUGAACGAUCAUUUGAAUUCGGCCUGUUUCGACGAUUAUCCUGAGCUGAUAGCUACAGGAAGUGCCAUCACUCUAAUCGCAGGUGUUAUUUAUCUGAUUUGGUGUUUUGUACUGUUCAUAAGGCAUCAGGAAGAGCUUUCGGACCCACCUUCGCAGGUGUUCUUGAGCUUGUAUGUUCCAGAGGGUUUGACGAAAGAGUAUCGGCAAGUUGAAGAUGAGAGUUUGGAAAACGAGGAUGAAAAUUUACCUUUGGUAGAACGAAGUAGAUCUGUAGAUCAAGUACGAUCCGACGAAGAGUAA